AUGUCCGUGGACUCGACAUUGUACCACUACAUCGAGGAGAAUGGGCGGACAUAUCACAAAUACAAGCAAGGCAGAUACUUCUUGCCAAAUGAUGUGGCCGAACAAGAACGCCUCGACCUCCAGCACCACGUGUUCAUGAUAACAGCAAACGGAAAACAUCACUUGUGUCCCCUUCCGGAAAAUCCGGGUCGGGUAUUGGACAUUGCGACAGCUUCAAAACACCCCGACUGCCAUGUCUGGGGAACCGACCUCAGUCCCAUCCAACCACACCUACCCGAGAACUGCACCUUCGAGAUCGACGACGCCGAAGACGAGUGGACCUUCAGCGCGCCCUUCGACUUCAUCCACGGCCGCGCGCUCAUGAGCUGCUUCAACGACCCUGCCUUCGUCGUGCAACAGGCGGUCGCCCACCUCGCGCCGGGCGGCUUUCUCGAAUUCCAGGACGCGCUGUUCCCGAUGAACUGGAUCGGCGAGCCGCCGCGGCAAUCGGCGCUGUACCGGUGGAACGAGCUGAUGAUGGCGGGCGUGGCGCGGCUGGGCCGCUCGUGGAGCAACGUGCAGCAUUACCGGCGCUACUUCGACGACGCCGGGCUGGAAGGCGUCGUCGAGAGGCGCUUCUACUGGCCCACGAGCCCCUGGGCCAAGGGCCGCUACUUCAAGACCGUCGCCGCGUAUUUCCAGGAGGACAUGAUCCAGGGGCUCGAGGCCAUGAGCCUGAAGGUGCUGGGCGUGCUGGGCAUGGCGCCCGCGGAGGUUCUGGAGUUUGUGGAGGAGGUCAAGAGGGACUUUCGGGAUACGAAUCUGCAUGCUUAUCUGACUGUGUGA